CCGCUGCUCCCAGGCUGCCCCGCGCGGGGGGGGGCCAUGUCUCCGCUCACCGACCUCUACCAGCUCACCAUGGCCUACGGGCACUGGCGGGCCCGGCGCCACCGCGCCCCGGCCGCGGCCGAGCUCUUCUUCCGCCGCGGGCCCUUCGGCGGCUCCUUGGCGCUGGGCGCGGGCCUGGGCGAGGCGCUGCGCUGCCUGCGGGCCUUCCGCUUCUCCAACGCGGACGUUGCCUACCUGCGCUCCGUGCUGCCCAGCACCACCGAGGACGCCUUCUUCGAGUACCUGUCCACGCUGGACGCCUCCGAGGUGACCGUGUCGGCCGCGCCGGAGGGCUCUGUCGUCUUCCCCAGGGUCCCGUUCCUGCAGGUGAAGGGGCCGCUGCUGGUGGUGCAGCUGCUGGAGACCAUGCUGCUGUGCUUGGUCAACUACGCCAGCCUGGUGGCCACGAACGCUGCCCGCUUCCGCCUCCUCGCUGGUCCAGACGUGAAGCUGAUAGAGAUGGGGCUCCGCCGCGCGCAGGGGCCGGAUGGUGCCCUUUCAGCAUCCAAGUACUCCUACAUCGGGGGCUUCGACAGCACCAGCAAUGUCCUGGCGGGGAAGCUCUACGACAUCCCGGUGCGUGGCACCAUCGCCCAUUCCUUCAUCAUGUCCUUCACCUCCCUGGAGGAGGUGCAGCCCCGGGAGGUGCUGCCGCAGGCAGGAGGAGAGCCAGUGGAUCUCGUGGCCCUGGCCGUGUCCUGGCUGCAGCGGGUGUGUGAGCUGCUGCAGACCCCUCCUGAGAGGGCGAACCAGGGGGAACUGGCUGCGUUCGUGUCCUACGCCAUCACCUUCCCCAGUAACUUCCAGGGGCUGCUGGACACCUAUUGUGUGAGGAGGAGCGGGUUGCCCAACUUCUGUGCGGUGGCGCUGGCCCUGCAGCAGCUGGGGUACCGUGCCAUCGGCGUGCGCCUGGACAGCGGGGACCUGGCCAAGCAGUCCAAGGAGAUCCGCCGGGUGCUGCGAGCCUGUGGUGCUCACUUCCAGGUGCCCUGGUUUGAGACCAUCCCCAUCGCCGUCAGCAACGACAUCAGUGAGCAGAGCCUGGAGGAGUUCAGCAGGGAGGGGAGUGAGAUUGAUAUGAUCGGCAUUGGGACCAACCUGGUGACGUGUCCCCUGCAGCCAUCCCUGGGCUGUGUCUACAAGCUGGUGGAGGUCAAUGGCUCCCCGUGCCUGAAGCUGACAGAAGAUGAGGAGAAGAUGACAAUCCCAGGGACUAAGAUGAUCUAUCGGCUCUCUGAUGCAGCUGGUCACCCCUUCAUGGACCUCAUGGCGCUGGAGGAGGAGCCCUCACCCAGAGCAGGGCAGGAGCUGGUGGUCCGUGUCCUGGGGCAGCUUGGUGAGACCAGCAAGGUCGUGCCCAGCGCCGUGGAGCCCCUUCAUCGCACCUACUUCAGAGAUGGGCAGGUGUGUGAGCCCCUGCCCAGCCUGACCGAGGUGAGGACCCACGCUCAGGUGUCCCUUGGCCUCCUCAACCCUGCUCACCGCCGGCUCCAUGACCCACAGCCCUACCUGGUGGCUGUGACAGAGAAGCUGCACCAGCUCCUCACCACGCUGCAGCAGGCCAGCCAGUGAGGAGGUCCCUGCUCAUCCCCUGCUUGGGACCAGCUCUUCUUCAUGCUCUUUUGAAGGCCAAGUGAAUACAUUGGGAAUCAGUGGCUUCAACAGCUGUGUGUGUGCUGCUCAGCUGGAGACCUGGCAGGAACUGGAAGAGCACCCAGAGAUCCCUAAGCUGGGAUGAGGCAGGUGGAGCUGGGAGG